AUGGAUUUAGAUGGUGUUCAACCUAAUUAUCCUUCUUCUUGUGUUACUCAUUCAGUUGGUGUUAUUUAUCGUACUCCAGAGGUUGUUGGAUCAUUUAGCCCUGGUGGUACCACUAAGGAAUGGAUUCCAAGUGUUCCCGAGGAGUUAAAACCCAGUUUGGGGAUGAUAUUUAAAGAUCCUGAAGAGGGUCUUAGUUUUUAUAAAGCAUAUGCAAAUGCCGCUGGGUUUACUUCUAGGAAAUCUACUACUAAAAGGAAGAAGAAUAACAAAGAUAUAAUUGCUUUUCAAUAUGGAGUUUGCAAUAAGGAAGGUUUCAGGGCAAUAAGAAAACCUAUUGCUCAACAAACAGUUUAUGAAGAAGGAAAAGUUUGUAUUACUAGGAAACGUUUAGUCACUCGUGUAGGAUGCAAUGCUCACAUAUGUAUGAGAUAUGAUGCUGGAAAGUAUGUUAUAACUCAUUUCAAAGAAGAACAUAAUCAUCCUUUAUAUACUCCAAGUUGUGCAAAAUUUCAAAAGCAUAAUAGAAAAAUGCAUAUUAUGCAUAAAAAGUUGAUUGUUGAUAAUUCAAAGGUAAAUGUUGGUCCUGUGAGGUCUUAUACUAUGAUGAAAGAAUUAGCUGGAUCACAUGAUAAUGUUGGUGCAUCUAAACAAGAUUUCAAAAAUUUUUAUAGAGAUUUGAAGGCUUAUAUUGAUGGAUCAGAUGCCCAAAUGUUUGUGGAUAAUUUUCAAAAUAAGAAAUUGCUCUAGAGUGCAUUUUUUUUUUCCUAUGAUGUUGAUGAAGAAGAUAGACUUUGUAGAGCUUUAUGGGCUGAUCCUAUAUGUCGAAAAAAUUAUGCACUUUUUGGUGAUAUGGUUUCUUUUGAUACCACAUUCAAAACAAACAGAUAUAAUAUGAUCUUUGGUCCAUUUACUGGAGUUGAUCAUCAUAAAAAAUGUGUUACUUUUGCGGCUUCUUUUGUAGCUCAUGAGGAUAUAUCAUCUUUUGAAUGGGUUUUCAAAACUUUUCUUAAAGCAAUGGGAAAUAACGAGCCUGUGUGUUUGAUUACCGAUCAAGACCCUGCAAUGAAAGUUGUUGUUCGUAAUGUUUUUCAAACUACAGA